UCGCCAUGUGGCUGGCCCCCGAGGAGGUGCUGCUGGCCAACGCGCUGUGGGUCACCGAGCGGGCCAACCCCUUCUUCCUCCUGCAGCGGCGGCGGGGCCACGGCAAGGGGGGCGGCCUGACGGGCCUGCUUGUGGGAACCCUUGAUGUGGUUUUGGACUCAAGCGCUAGAGUUGCUCCCUAUAGGAUCCUGCAUCAGACACUGGACUCUCAGAUCUAUUGGGCAGUGGCAUGUGGUUCAUCCCGUAAAGAAAUCACAAAACACUGGGAAUGGCUAGAGAAUAACUUGCUCCAGACUCUUGCCAUCUUUGAUAAUGCAGAGGAUAUCACUACCUUUGUCAAGGGCAAGAUACAUGGCAUUAUUGCUGAAGAGAACAAGAAUCAGCAGCCUCAGGGGGAAGAAGAUCCAGGUAAAUUUAAGGAAGCAGAACUGAAGAUGCGUAAACAGUUUGGAAUGCCUGAAGGAGAGAAGCUGGUCAAUUACUACUCCUGCAGCUACUGGAAAGGACGUGUCCCGAGACAAGGAUGGCUGUAUCUGACUGUUAAUCACCUCUGUUUCUAUUCCUUCCUUUUGGGCAAAGAAGUAACCCUAAUAGUGCAGUGGGUGGAUGUGACUCAGCUGGAGAAGAAUGCUACUCUGCUGUUCCCUGAAUGCAUCAAAGUGAGUACCAGGGACAGUGAGCUCUUCUUCUCUAUGUUUCUCAACAUCAGCGAGACCUUCAAGUUGAUGGAGCAGCUGGCUAACAUUGCCAUGCGACAGCUACUGGACAAUAAAGGCUUCGUGGAGGAUAUGUUGCUUCCCAAGCCCAGCAAGCCUCUCAAGAAUAUCUCAGCACUCAAAAGAGAUCUGGAUGCUCGAGCUAAAAAUGAGUGGUACCAUGCUACUUUCCGACUGCCCAAGGAUGAACGUCUUGAUGGACAUACAGAUUGUACUUUAUGGACCCCAUUCAACAAAAUUCACAUCCUGGGCCAGAUGUUUGUUUCCAACAACUACAUUUGUUUUGCUAGCAAGGCAGAAGAGGCCUGUCAUCUCAUAAUACCCCUCAGGGAGGUCACAAUUGUUGAGAAAGCUGAUAGUUCCAGUGUCUUGCCCAGCCCACUCUCAAUCAGUACCAAAAGCAAAAUGACCUUCCUGUUUGCCAACUUGAAAGACCGAGAUUUUUUGGUACAGAGAAUUUCUGACUUUCUGCUGAAAACUUCAUCCAAGAAAUCAAUCGGCAGUGGCAGAGCACGGAAGAAAAGCCUUGGUGACCAAACAUGUGAGGAAACUCCAGAGCUGUCCCCCAGCAGCCCUCUUGAAGUCAGUCCCACCUCACCUUUCAGUCAUCAGCUGGCUAAUUUCUGUGCAGAUAAAGCGCCAACCGCAUCCCAGGGAUUGCUUAAACUGUUCGGGACCAACCACGAACACGUCUCUGAAUCGCACUGGGCAAAGGAGACGAUGAAGGAGGAAUCAUGGAAUAUUCAUUUCUUUGAAUAUGGGAGAGGAAUGUGUAUGUAUCGCACAGCCAAGACCCGUGAACUCGUGCUAAAAGGGAUCCCGGAAAAUCUUCGUGGAGAGCUGUGGCUCCUAUUUUCAGGGGCCUGGAAUGAGAUGGUCACUCAUCCUGGCUACUAUGCAGACUUGGUGGAACAGUCAGCGGGGAAGUACAAUCUGGCUACAGAAGAAAUCGAAAGAGACCUGCAUCGUUCCAUGCCGGAGCAUCCUGCCUUCCAGAAUGAACUGGGAAUUGCUGCUCUUCGAAGGGUGCUAACAGCGUAUGCUUUUCGGAAUCCCACUAUUGGGUAUUGCCAGGCCAUGAACAUUGUGACAUCAGUAUUACUUCUGUACUGUAAUGAGGAAGAAGCUUUCUGGCUUCUUGUGGCCUUGUGUGAGAGGAUGCUACCAGAUUACUACAACACCAGAGUGGUUGGUGCAUUGGUAGACCAGGGCAUCUUUGAGGAGCUCACACGGGACUGUCUUCCCCAGUUGUCUGAGAAGAUGCAGGAUCUGGGUGUCAUUUCUAGCAUAUCACUCUCUUGGUUCCUCACCCUCUUCCUCAGUGUCAUGCCUUUUGAAAGCGCUGUUGUCAUUGUUGACUGUUUCUUCUAUGAAGGCAUCAAGGUCAUCUUGCAGGUCUCUCUAGCUAUCUUGGAUGCCAACAUGGAGAAACUGCUAAACUGUUGUGAUGAAGGCGAGGCUAUGACUGUCCUGGGCAGGUACCUGGAUAAUGUAGUUAAUCGACAUAGUGUUUCUCCACCUAUCCCACAUCUCCAUGCCUUAUUGACAAGUGGAGAUGAGCCACCAGUGCAAAUCGAUAUCUUUGAACUUAUAAAAACUGCCUAUGAGAAAUUCAGCCAUUUGAAGGCAGAUGAUAUUGAGCAGGUGCGCUUUAAGCAGAGAUUGAAGGUAAUCCAUUCUUUGGAGGACACAGCCAAGAGGAGUGUGGUCCGAGCUGUAUCUGGUGAUAUUGGGUUUUCAAUGCAGGAAUUAGAAGACCUUUAUGUAGUAUUUAAGGCAAAACACCUUAUGAGCUGUUACUGGGGAAAUUGCACUGCUGCUUCCCAACGAGACCAGAGCCUGCCCUACUUAGAGCAGUACCGCAUCAACAUAGAGCAAUUCAGAGAGUUGUUUGCUUCCCUUACACCUUGGUCUUGUGGCCUCCAUACACCAGUGCUGGCAGAAAGGAUGUUCCGCCUCCUGGAUGAGAACAAAGAUGCACUCAUUAACUUCAAGGAGUUUGCAACAGGGAUGAGUGGAAUGUAUCAUGGCGAUUUGACAGAAAAAUUAAAACUCCUUUACAAACUGCAUUUACCUCCAGCUCUGAGUCCAGAAGAAGCUGAGUCUGCUCUGGAGGCUACAAAUUACUUCACAGAUGAUAAAACUGCAGAAGUAUCUCCUUUUGUCUCAGAACUGGAUCUCUUCCUGCAAUGUGAUUCUCAAGAAACAGCAGUGCAGGAAGACAAAACAUCAAGAGAGAGGACCUCUAAAGAACAAGAGGAGAAGGGUACCAGUCCACAAGAUUACAGAUAUCAUCUACGAAUGUGGGCCAAGGAAAAAGAUUCCAAAAAAGAAACAAUCAAGGAUCUCCCUAAAAUGAGUCAGGAACAAUUCAUAGAGCUGUGCAAGACCCUUUACAAUAUGUUCAGUGAAGACCCUGUGGAACAAGAGCUGUACCAUGCCAUCGCUACAGUGGCCAGCCUUCUCCUACGCAUUGGGGAAGUGGGCAAAAAGUUCUCCCACCAGCCUCCAAAGAAAGCUGAUGACUGCAAAGCCAACAGCUCCCAGGAUGCAGCUAGUGAAGAUGAGUCCCCAACUUCUGAACAGAGUCAGAAUUCAACUGUAGAACGGUAUCCCCAAGCCAACACCGAAAAUAAAGCUUCUGGAGAUGUUCAACUUGAGAAACAGCAGCAGGAGAAUCAGACUUUUGUUGAUGGAGGCGGUGAGGGUCCAGGAUCUCCCAUACAGAUGCUUUCGGAUGAUGAAACCAAAGACGAUAUGUCCAUGUCUUCGUACUCCAUGGUCAGCACGGGCUCCUUGCAGUGCGAAGAUAUCGCAGAUGAUACAGUGCUGGUUGGCUGCGAGGCGGGCAGUUCGGCCGCACGAUAUGGCAGCACCAUCGACACGGACUGGUCCAUCUCCUUCGAACAGAUCUUGGCCUCGGUGCUUACAGAGACUGCCCUGGUAAACUACUUCGAGAAGAAAAAUGACAUUAUGCAGAAGAUCAAGGAGCAAAAGAAAGUAGAAAGGCAGUACAGUUCCUCUAGCGAUUACGAACUUUCCUCAGUGUCAGGUUGAUCUCAGGAAAAAGAGCAAGGCUUGGGUAAUAGAAGUGGGAGAUCUAGAAGCCUGUUGGAUGC